AUGGCGCAGGUAAGACGUCCACAUCGUCAUCGAUCUCCACCACCACAAAGAAUUCCUGCAUUACAACGUCCCAUUCGUAUUCAACCGCCGAUACAAAACGAUGAUAGGCCAACUACUCAGACAACGGCUCCAUUUCUUGAAAAUAAUGUUUCACAUAAUCAACAACAUAAUCCUGCUAAUAGUCUUAUGGCAAGUAGUAUCAGUUUCGAACAAUCAUUGCAUAGUAUAAAUUCAUCAUCAAAUCAAUUACAAAAUCAUGAUCAACAACCAUCAUCAUCUGAAAAUAAUCCUUCUAUGCAAAAUAAUAAUACUAUGUCAGAAGAAUCCAUGAUUCUUCUAACAACGAAUGAUAAUGUUGAUGGACUUCUUGAUAAAAAACAUGUGCCUGUUUUUGCACGGUUUCCAUUUCAUGUUCCAUUACUACCACAACGAAUGGAGACUAAUGUUGAAGAUAAUAUUCAUAAACUUCGUCUUCGUUUAAUCGAUUCUGAACUUAAUCAUCAACGUCGUAGUACGGAUGACUACAUCAAACGAACACAAAAAACAUUUUCUCUUUCAUCUCCGACAUCAACGGAAUAUUAUGUAAAUAAUGUGCGACCACCAUCUAUAUUAGUUCAUCAACAAGUUUUACCCAAAAUUUUGAGUAGACAAACAUCUUUAUCAAUAUUAUCUGUUGCAACUUCAUCAUCGUCGAGUCAUUUAUCUCGAGAUCGAAUAGCUAUCGACAAUGGUCUUAAAGAUAAUUCGGAUAUUGAACGAGACUUAGAAAUACUUCGAAUAGAAGAAUCAUUAAAUAAGCAUCAUCGAUCAAAUCAACCAUUGAUGAUAUCAAAUUAUUCUUAUGAUCCUCGUUUACAUUUACAACCUCUACAUGAAAAACAAGUAUAUUCAUCAUCUAAUAUGGAUGAUUUAAUUGAUUCAAUGGCAAGACGUCAUUUAGCAUAUCGUCGACUUGAUGCAGCUAUUGAUCGACAACGACGUACUAAUGGAUAUCAUGGUCCUUAUAUUGAACCAUUGAAUACUGGUCGAACAACAUAUCGAAGUUCACAACGAAAUGAUCAUUUAUUAUAUACAAAUAGAACGAUUACAAAUCAAAUUGAACAUAAUAUUAGUCGAUUAAAUCCAAAUAGUUUUAGUCAAAGACUUCAGUCACGAAUCGAUUAUUAUAAUAGAAUUCAGCCUGACCCGGAUAGUUUAGCUAUUGAUGAUUCAAUUCAUACAAGUUCUUAUACAAAAUUACCACCGAUUUCACCAGGAUAUGAUUCAAAUCGUUUUAGUCAUUUACCAACUCCAUUAACGCCAAGUUUUUAUGAAACUAAACACGAUUCUCAUAUUGAUCAACGAACAUUACCAGUAGGCUUAUCUGAUCAAUCCGAACAUUUAAUUGAAUUACCAAGUGAUAUUUUCCUUACAUCAGGAACAGAUCGAUCUAAUGUUGAAAAUGAAAUGCCUUUAGCCAGUCGUCAACGUAGUCGCUACAGAAAGAAUUCACACAAUGAUCAUCAUGAUUUUUUAGUAGAAUCAAGUAUUCAAGAAAAAACGAAACCAAAAUAUCGUAAAGAUUUAUUUAAAAGCACUGCUAUUGGAAUUUUAUUUAUAAUAAAUCUUAAACAUCGAGCUGUUAAAAAACGUACAGAAUUAAAGCAUCGUCCACAUCAAUCACCAAGUGCUUUAAUACAUAAAAUUCGUCUUCAAGAAAUCAUUGUUGCUUUACAUCGUGUUUAUCUUGAACCUGAUGGUUCAAUACAUAAUGCACUUAUUCAUACAAUAAAUAAUUCAAUUUCAUUACAAAAUGCAUUAGAUAGAUCAUCGAAAAAUCAUUCAGAAGCAAUUCAAAUUAUUGGAAUUACUUUACAAAUUAUUAUUCCAAAAAUAACGGAAUUUAUGCCUAAAGAUGGUGUUCUUGGUACAGAAAAAAAUUCAGCUGUAUCAGCUCUUAUUCAAGAUGGAAAUCCAUUUCCAGAAAAUUAUUUUUGGCGAUGUGAACGCGAACUUCUUGAAUUUGACCAUUUAAAAGUUAUAAAUAUAACUAAACAACGAGCAAAACUUUUACUUAUUGGUAUUUUUUUAUUUCGAGCACUUAUUACAACAUUACUAUUGAAGCCAGUUAAAUAUCGAUUAAUUCUGGGUCAUUUAACAUCAAAUCAAUCAAUUAAUCUUAAAGUACUAGCAUCUGUUAUGCUUUAUAUUGGUAGACGAACAGUCGGAUCAAAGUCUCAUAUACUUCCUUUACCACAUGAAUGGCAACUUUCAUUAUAUACUGAUAUAGAUAUUGAAACAAUUAUUCAACAUUCUGAAAUAAACUCGAUUGUUAAUACAUGUGAACAAUCAUUACGUAUAUGGUGUGAAGAAUAUAUUCGUCGUAUUGAUGCAAAUUUUGGCAAAGAAUUACGAAUAUGA